AUGUUUGGAAAGGCUGCUCUCAUGAGCGCGCUGCUUAGCGCUGUCUCAGCUGAAAUCGUCUGGGACGGUCGCUUCAACGACAUGACCUCCAGUGCUGAUCUGUCCAAAUGGUCCUUCGCCAACCCCGUCGGUUCCUACCAAUACUACAUCCACGGUUCUGGCCCCGUGACCGACUACGUCAACCUCGAUGCUUCGUUCAAGAACCCCGCCGACAAGGCCUCCAAGCAAGGUGCCAAGAUCACCAUCGACGAGACGGCAAAGUGGAAUGGCCAGACCAUGCUGCGCACUGAGCUCAUCCCCCAGACCAAGGCAGCCAUCAACCAGGGCAAGAAGUUCUACCACUUCUCCAUCAAGACCUCGACCGAGAACAAGCCCACGGCCACCAACGAGCACCAAAUCGCCUUCUUCGAGUCCCACUUCACUGAGCUCAAGUACGGCGCCUCGGGCUCUGCAAACACCAAGCUCCAAUGGCACGUCGGCGGCGUCUCAAAGUGGGACGUCGAGCUCAAGGCCGACGAGUGGCACAACGUCGCCUACGAGAUUGACUUCUCCGGCGGCUCCGUUACCUUCUGGCACUCCACCGGCAGCGACGAGCUGAAGAAGACUGCCGGUCCCUUCACUGCCAGCACACAGUCCAACGGCGCUGACUUCCACGUCGGUAUCCUGAGGCUGCCGGGCUCCAACGAUGCUGCUGGAGCCGAGGACUGGUUCUUCAGCGGUGUGUACAUUGAGGACGGAGAGCUGACUACCAAGAUCGGUGAUGGAAGCGCUGCUGCACCUGACACUCCUGCUGCUAAGCCUUCUUCUUCUGCUGCUCGUUCUGCUACUCCUUCUCCUACCCCCGCUCCUGCUGCUACUAAGCCUGAGAACCAGGCUGGUGGACAGGCUCCCGUUGCUUCUCCCAGCGCUGCCCCAUCCUCUUUCUCCACCUCCGUGAUCUCUGCCACUCCUACUCCUUCUGCCGCUCCCUCCGCUGCUCCUGCUCCCGCUCCUGAUGCUGGAUCUGGUGCUGGCGCCGGUACUGGAUCCGGCUCUGGCGCUGUUCUCCCCAAGGAGUUCACCAUCAAGGAGUUCGUCGCAUGGCUCAGGGCUAAGCAGGGACAGAACUAA